AUGGCAUCCACCAUCGCGAUUCUCUACCCGGGAGCCAUGGGCGCGGCGCUCGCCACGGUCCUGCACGCGCGCAACCCGUCCCUGCGACUGCUCACGUCCAUCGCCGGCCGGUCGGCGAGCACGCUCGCGCGCGCCGAGGCCGCGGGGCUGGAGAACGUGUCGCUCGCCACGGUCGUCGCCGAGUCGGACAUCAUCUUCUCCAUCCUCCCGCCGUCGGCCGCCGUCGAGCUGGCCACCAGCGUGGCCGCCCUCCUGGCCGCCCACCCCCGGUCCAGCUCCAGCUCCGGCUCCGCCUCUGCGCCCGCCGCACCGGUCUUCGUCGACGCCAACGCCGUGUCCCCCGAGACGCUGGGCAGGAUCGGCGACAUUCUCGGGGAGACGCCGCUCGUCGACGCGAGCAUCAUCGGCCUCCCGCCCCGCCUCGCGGACGGGUACGAGCCGACGCUGUACCUCGCCGCCGACGCGCGGUGGGCCGCGCAGCUGAAAUACGUCGGCGACGCGCUCGGCGGCGACCGCGGCCUGAGUAAAGUCAAGAUCCUGGCCGACGCCGGCGCCGGCGGCGCGAGCGCGCUCAAGAUGUGUUAUGGGGGCCUGGCAAAGGGCACGAACGGUCUUGCGGCGAUCACCGUCCUGGCGGCCAACGCCCACUCGCCCGCGACCGCCAAGGCGUUCAUGGAGGAACUGGCCAGCUCGCGCGCCGACGUGCUCAACUCGCUGAGCUUUACGCUCAACGACAUGCCCAGCAAGGCGUACCGCUGGGUGGGCGAGAUGGAAGAGAUCUCGUCGUUCAUUUCGUCGUCGCUCAACUCGACCGACGCAGGGCUCACGCACCUCGGCCUCGCGGCCGUGUUUGAGCGGCUGGCGGCCGACCUGCGCGCCACGGGCGCGGCGGUGGGCGCGGCGGCAGACGGGCCCGUGGGCGACGCGACGGAGGUGGAUGCGCUGAAGUGGUUUGCGGAUGAGAGUAAGGAGGUGCUCAAGGCGAAGGGGUACGAGGGAAAAACGGCGUACGGCGGGAAGAAGUAG